UGAAACAUGAAGAAAUGAAAGAGGCCACAACAAAAUGAGUUGCAUCCAUAGGACCAGCCAAUGAAAAAAAACAAGCUUUAAAUUACUCUUAAACAAAUUCCAAAUUGGAGGUGAGCCAAUACGAGCGCCGGCAAUAUCAGAAUGUCUUCCUCUCCUGGGAUCAAGCUACAGGAGCAUGUGGACAUGAUGUACAUCUCCAUGGAGACAGCCAUUGCCCUGGCCUCUGUGCUGGGGAACGUGCUGGUGGUGCUGGUUGUCUGUGUGAACCGGGCUCUGAGAGACACUACGUUCUGUUUCAUUGUGUCUCUGGCGGUGGCGGAUAUUGCUGUAGGUGCCCUGGUCAUCCCCCUGGCUAUAGUGGUCAGCCUGGGGCUCAAGACUCAGUUCUACACCUGCCUCUUCCUAUCCUGUCUGCUCCUCAUCAUCACCCAGGGCUCCAUCCUGUCUCUAAUGGCCAUCGCCAUCGACCGCUACCUUCGGGUCAAGAUUCCCACCAAGUACAGCAUCAUCGUGACCCAGAGGAGAGCAUGGGUUGCAGUGUUCCUGUGCUGGCUCCUCUCUACCCUGACGGGUCUAGUGCCAAUGUUGGGCUGGCACAAUGACCACCUUAUCGGUAACCUCAGCAUCACCAGCGAUGAUGUAAUAGUGUGCAAGUUCACCACAGUCAUGCGCAUGGACUACAUGGUCUACUUCAACUUCUUUGGCUGGGUGGUGGUUCCUCUGAUAAUCAUGAUCACCCUCUACUCCCAGAUCUUCAGGGUGAUCCGGAAGCAGCUCAACAUGCGCGCCGAGGCCACCUGUGACACCAGCAAGUACUUGCAUAAGGAGCUGAAGCUAGCCAAAUCGCUGGCACUCGUUGUUUUCCUGUUUGCUCUGUGUUGGCUGCCCCUGCACGUCAUGAACUGCAUCCUAUUCUUCUGCCCCAAGUGUAAGGUGCCCAAGAGCGCAAUGUACGUGGGCAUUUUCAUGUCCCAUGUGAACUCUGCUCUAAACCCUCUUGUCUAUGCCUUCCGAAUACAGCGGUUUCGCACCACACUGGUUCAGUUCGCCAGCCGCUACAUGCUGUGUAAACCCACACAGAUCAACACCUGUCCCAACCGGCCCAGUCCCCCACCCCUGUCUGAGAAAACCCCAGUCCAUCCAUAACCAGCCAUCGUGCAAUAAUGAUGAGACCCAUGUUAUGCAAAAAAGUGUUUGGUUAGGAUGAUGGAAACAGCAUGCGGACUGCAAUCCUUUCUUGUAAUUGCCCUCAUUAUUGGAAUGGAGUCCAAUAAAAAGCACUUCACUGACUAUCUUAUUUCACUGUCUGAUGCCAGCUGCAGUUCAUAUAAAAAGUGUGCUUCAUAACAGGAUCCUCAUCAAAUUGGCCUAUAACACUCAUCACACACCCUUGGAAUCAAAUUGUAAAAACGUCUUGCUUCUAAAUUGGCAUCAUGCAAUAUAAACAUGAUUUUACAGUCAAGCUAAUGACCAUCAUAAUUCCAAAAAGAAAUGUCGAUCAAGAAGAUUCUCUGUAAACUAAGAAGUAUUCUAAAAC